GAGCCCCACAACGAGUCCCCUCCCCAGAGGGUCUCCCAGUGGCGUUAACGGGGGUGGCACAGGCACAAAGUAUCCCCCAUCAUCAGCCUCAGCGCUAUUCUUUCAGUGCCUUGUUGCAUAUCCCCCUCCCCCACCAGGCAGAGAGGACCUACACUCGCCCUGGGACUAGUGCUCGUCCUGCUCUUUCUUCCUCCCCCUUUUCUGUUUCUCUCCCUCCCUCCUGCCUUUUCCCUCUGCUUUCUCUCCUCUGCUUUCGCUUUGCUGCACCAGCUCCGCAUUCCACCUCCAUGGGCUUCAAAUCCCCCUACUAAAAUGAUCAGCAAUGAAAUAGUUAAUGCCGAUCUGUAAAAUGUAAGCCUCUGAAGGCUUUAGUGUCAAUCCCUAGUGAAAUGGCUGAAGGAUGGGGGAGUUCCCACCUUUCGGUCAUUGUGUCAGGCUGUCUGCAGACCCAGGAAGUUCACGCUGCAUUGGUUACGCUCCCUUUGUGUUUGGAAGGUUUUCUUUGGAAUUGUGAGGGCUCGAAACUUUUUAAAAUGAAAACUGAGAUUCUGCAGAACCACCAUAAACUGUGCAGGCCAUAUAAAUGCAUCAAGUAGCCUGGAUAUGGUCCCUGGGCCAGGUGUUUGGCACUGUUGUCCUAGACAUUAUGGACUAGAUUUUCAAUAAAGUUUAGCAUGUUGGGUGCAAAAAGCUCCUUUCAAAAUCUGGCUGUGAUUAUCGCUGCUGACUGAGUGACUCUCUCCAAGUGCAUGCUGCUUUCCUUAGCUAACUGCCCCAGUGCUCCCCGGAAGACCCUACCUAGGCCCUUGAAGUUAGAUUCCUCCUACUCUCUGCCAUUCUCUGCACCCCUUCCUUUGCUUUGCAAAGGAGGAAGGAAGAUAACAGUGAUCUGCCCACAGAAGCUAACAUGUGAGGGGAGCUCAGCAGAUCACUCUCAGAUCUUUGUUCCCACCCACCUAGGACCAGCCUGGGGGUGGGGAGGUUGCUUGCUGCCUAAGAAGCAUAAAUUGUGAGGCAGAAAAAUGGGGAUCCUUCCAAUGCACAAUGAGAUCAGACCUAUUUCCAGAGUUAGAUUCUUGGUGAGGGGAAGGGUUAAGUGUUAAGUGUGUCUGGGCACAGCUUUUCUCUAUGUAAGGGGAGGCUGUGUGGGAAUAGAUGUUACUGAGAAGUCAUGGCUGCAGCCAGCAUUUGGGUAAGUUGAGGUGGGCUAGAGCACCUGACCUCUGCAAUGGCAUGUGAAUCCCUGUAGUAAACAAAGCAGGUAUUUUCUUUUAUUCUAUAAUCUAAUGGGAAACAUGGGAAAUUGAUGAGAUUUUAAAACUCUUUUGUCCUGCACCCUUUCCUAGCUAUUCCCAUGAGCCCUAACUGAACCCCCUCCCCUAGCCUAUUGAUCAGGGUAUUUUCCCUUGUAUCUCCAGGGUCUUUAUAUGCCUGUGAGCUGGAGACAAGUGGGAUGACUCCUCGUCUAACAUAGGGGGAUGAAGAUUUGAACCAAGGAAACAGAAUAGACCUUUCCGUCCAUCCUGCAGGUCACAGGCCGCAUAUUCUUGCAGUCAGGGCUUGGAGCUAUGGACACUUCACAACUGUGGAUGUGGGAAAGACUUGGCGACCAGUCGGCAUCCCUGAACAAUUCCCCAAUAACAUCAAUAACCAGCACUCCUGAAGCAUCUGAAGAACUACCAUCUACCUUGCCAGUAUUGGAACCAUAGGAGGCAAUGAUGCCCACCGCACAGCAAGCAGAGCUCAUAGUACGGAGGCAAGGGGCUCUCCCCUCUCUACAGAGUAUGUUCCAGCUCCUCUCCCACUGCUGGUCAUGGCUGCAGGCAAUACAGGAACCAAUCAGGAAAGUGACCCUCCUUGUCAUUGGCCUGGACAAUACAGGGAAAACCUCCCUCAUAAUGGAGAUACAGAGAGUGCUCUCGUGUGAGGUGCUCCCCACAACAAAGCCUAACCAAACAGAACUCAGAGUGGACCGGUUUGAAGUCUCCCUUGUCGACCUAUCCGGGGGGCAGAGGUUGCGGGGCAUAUGGCGUAAUCACUACGGUGACACUCACGGGAUUAUCUUUGUUCUGGACUCCAGCGAUGUGCUGCGGAUGGAAGAGGCCAGGAAGACCUUGGGCCGUGUUCUGGCUCACCCUAGGAUUUCAGGGAAGCCCCUGUUACUGCUGGCCAAUAAACAGGACAAGGUUGAUGCCCUCCUCCCAUGUGAGCUGAUCGAAUGUCUGUCCCUGGAGAAGCUUGUGAACGAAAACAAGUCACUGUGCCGCAUCGAGCCAUCUUCAGCAACCAAAAGUCUCCAUAAAAGCCAGUCCCGGACCAUUCUGCAGGGACUCCGCUGGCUCCUGCACACCAUUGCCAUCAACUACAGUGUCCUGAGUGCCCGGGUGCAACAAGACAGCCCUGACCAGCCAGCCCCCGGAGAGCAAGAGGCUCCCAGGAGAGCAGCGCGGACCCGCAGCCAAACACGGAGGGAGAGGGAGUUGCUGGCCAGAAGGGAGAGUUCCCAGGAAGGAAGCGCCAAGAUAGGGGAGUACAAACCACUACAGCCCAUCCAGAACAUCCUCCCACAGAAGGAGGAAGGCCCAAGGGUACCCAAGAGAAGGAAAAAGAAAAUGAAGAUGAAGAAGAAAGGGUUGGUGCAGUGUGGGAACAUGGCUGAUGAAGAGGAAGGGAAAGCUUGGGGAGGAGAGAACAGAGCAAGUGCUGCCGUUGGGCUCCUCCACAGCAACAGAGUUGGCCAGGAGAAACCACUCCCCCAGGGGACAAUUCCUCUCCGAGCAGGGCAGAGCACAAAGAAGAAAAAGAAGAAAAUUAAAAAUAAAAUCAAGUCCCAGGAGUCCUCACUGGAGCCACAGAACGAAGGCAUCUCGGGUACCUUUGACUUGUAUCGAAGGGCAAUGCUGGCUCUGAAAAUGAGGCAAGAGCGGAGGAAGCAGCCUUCUGCUGUCACUUCCUGAAGAAAAGCUCCAUAUUGUUGACCGCAUAAAUGUGGUCUCCACUAGGCAUGAGGAGGUGAUAGCAGAUUGUUCUGUGCUGUUAUUGCUGUUGGUGUGAGGUCUAUGUUCCCCUCUACCAGUGCAAUGUAUCUGUGCUCCCACUCAGAACCUCCCAAGUCCCAAAGGGUAAGUGUCCACGAGCACGUGCAGUCAGUAUCGGCUCCAGCAGUGAGAUUGUCUAACCUAAUGGAAACUCUGCUUGAGAGACAAGAUUCUCAGGGCUCGUGGGCUACAAAGGUGGAGUCUCAAGCACAAGUCUUCAAAAUGUAAAGACCAAUUUCCUCAUCCUGGGGACUGUGGGAAUGUUUGGGAUUCACACAUGUAAGCUGAAGUGUCACAAGUGUAGCGAGUUCUGCCAACAAACUGGAUGUAAACAUCUGAAUAAAACGAAAUGGAACAUUUCUA